AUGCAGAACGAAGAAGGACAAAUCACCGAGCUCUACAUUCCUAGGAAGUGUUCUGCUACAAACAGAUUGAUUACUGCUAAGGAUCAUGCUUCCGUUCAGAUUAACGUAGGUCAUUUGGAUGAGAGUGGUGUCUACAAUGGCCACUUCUCUACCUUCGCUCUAUGUGGCUUCACCCGCGCACAGGGAGAUGCUGACAGUGGAAUUGACCGCCUGUGGCAAAAGAAGAAAACCGAACUUAAGCAAUAG